AUGAAAUCCAAACUUCCCACCUACGCCAAUAACGAUGAACCAGCUCCUCCAUCGUACACCGAAUCCUUCUCAUCAUCCUAUUCCUCUCCCGCAACAUCCAAAAUAUCGAUACCCGUUUCCUCUCCAUCCAGCUCCAGCACCUACGGCAUCCAAGCCCAAAUCCAAACCCAGCUCUCCCACCUCAGCACCCAAUACCACACAUACCAAACCCAAAAGACGCUCCUCGCACACGCCCACGAACAGAAAAUCCUCUCUCUACUCACCGACCAAAUCCAAAUCUACCUCUCCGAAUUUGCGACUACUGGGUUGCGAAAAGGUACUUUGAUAAUGAUACCAGCGCAUUGUCUUGCGAAUGAAAACGCAACACCGCUUGAGUUUGGUGGGGAGGAUACCGGUGUUAGUGCAUAUGACGUAUUUGUGGAAGUGGGUGAUACGGAUAAAGAAAGUCUUGAAGUUAAUGGCGGGGUGUGGUAUUGGGAAGAUGAGGAUAUGGCGGAGCGGUUGGCCGGGUCUUUGAAUUCGUUUGCCGAAUUACCAUCCAGGCAAGCCGUUGCACAACAAAAUACCGUUGCUGUUCAAGGAAGCGGUAGCAGUAGCAGCAGGUUUUGGAUAAAGAAGAACUGUUCGAAGAAUGUUGAGAAUGUGAAGAUUAAUGAAGUUGUGGCGGAGUGGAAAGAUCAGGUGUUGAUGGAUGUGAAGGCCGAGGAAGUGGUUUUUGAAUAUGAGAAUAGCUUUGGUCUUUUGGAGACUCAGAGGGGAUAUGGUGUUGUACUUCAUUUGGAGAUAGUUACGAGGAGGUGGUAG